GGCGGCGGCAGCGGCGGCGGCGGCGGAGGGGGGAAGAUGGCGGCGCCCGUCCUGCUGAGAGUGUCGGUGCCGCGGUGGGAACGGGUGGCCCGGUAUGCAGUGUGCGCCGCCGGGAUCCUGCUCUCCAUCUACGCCUACCACGUGGAGCGGGAGAAGGAGAGGGACCCGGAGCACCGGGCCCUUUGCGACCUGGGGCCCUGGGUGAAGUGCUCCGCCGCCCUGGCCUCCAGAUGGGGUCGAGGAUUUGGUCUUUUGGGUUCCAUUUUUGGAAAAGAUGGUGUAUUAAACCAGCCAAACAGUGUCUUUGGACUUAUAUUUUAUACACUGCAGUUAUUACUUGGCAUGACGGCCAGUGCAGUUGCGGCCCUUGUCCUCAUGACCUCCUCCAUCGUGUCCGUGGUGGGCUCUUUGUACCUGGCCUACAUUCUGUACUUUGUGCUGAAGGAGUUUUGCAUCAUCUGCGUCACCACAUACGUGCUGAACUUCAUUCUCCUCAUCAUCAAUUACAAACGACUAGUUUACUUGAAUGAGGCCUGGAAGCGACAGCUGCAGCCUAAGGAAGACUGACGGCUGGCGGAUUCCCACCCAACUGUCUCAGACACUUCUUUCAUUAAGUUUAUUUGCAAGUUUUUUUUUUUUUUUUAAUUCACAACAGACACUUUCCCUGAGAAUCUUAAACUGAUUUUUUAAAAUACUGUAAAUUAGAAGGGGCCCUAGCUAUUUUCUGUGUCAAUCUUCAUUUUAAAUCCGGAUACAAAAAAGGAUACACCGAGCCAAUCAAAGACAAGCUUUAACUUUACCUUGAAGAUGUUUCUGAGAUAAUAAAAUGUAGCCCUAGCCCCCGGUCCUCAACCGUAAAGUGAGCAGCCAUUGCUAGUAAUUCUUUAAUGUGUAUAAAUUCAAUUUCAGGUAUAACAAAUGUGAUCAUGAACAUGAAAAUAUUUUAGAAUAGAUACUGUAUUAAAUAUUGCCAUGUUUACAAUAUGUAAUAUGUUUUUAGCUGAUGGAUUUAAAUCUGUAGAUUCAAUUAGAGUCCAUUCGUGUGAUAUUUGUAAAUAAAGGUAGAAACAUUGGAUCCACCCCUGCAGAACUUACUGUACAGUUUAGUUGAAGUGUAGCAAUGAAGAGUUGUCAGCUCAGUGUGACUGAUAAGUAGUGGAGAGAGUAGACAGCAGCAGAUCAUCUUGGGAAACGUGCUGACAGUCCUGGUGCAGGGUUGACAGCAGAAACAGUAGGGUGCUUGGUUCCCUUCCACCUCCCACUCUGAGAGGAAGAAGCGAGAUCUGAACAUCCCAGUCAAGUUUGACUAGUCAUAAAACUGGAUGGAUCCUAACAGUUUAGGAUGUCAUGUGACCAGACCUGUAAUUCCAAGGCUCUUGGGACACUGAUGGUAGGAAAUGGAUGUAGUCUUUGGAGAAAAUAAACCACUAUGGCAUUUUUGGGCAAAGCCUUUUAACCAGUAGCUGACCUUUCAAUACAGAUGUGUUCCCUUGAUCCUGGUGCCAGUCAGCUCCGACAGUAUUAGGACUGAAAUCUGCACAAGCCUGUGCUCCGAGGUCGGUCCAUGGUGUUUCCUUUCUCGUUUCUUCUUGCACUAAGGAUUGUCAGUAAGUGUUUCACAAUUACAUAUUGAAUUUGUAAACCUUAGGGCUGACACGAGGACCAGUUUGCUGACUCAGAAGAAACACAACACAUAGAAAGACUUGGAAGUGAAACAUGGAAACUUUGUCCCACUCCAGUAGCCACACAGAAGCAGUGAGAAGAAACCCAGAGGUGAUCUGAAUAAACCCGAUGGCAUGGUUUACUGUGUUUCUCUGGUUAGCAUCUUACAGGAGAUGUUCAAAGUGCCUUCUGUCUUCAAUCUCAAACCAAAUCAUUCUGUGUGUUGAACUGGGGCAGAAGUAUCCCUCCUUUCAUUCCUUACCACGAAGCAGAGAAUUUGCUUUCUACCAGAAGGGGCUGUGUGGCCAUUUUAUUCCUUGGGUUGAGAAGUAGUGGCAACGUUCUGAUUUAUAAUUUGAUUAAUGAUUAUGUUAAAAAUAGGCAACUAGAUGGCAAAUUCUGAGAGCUUUUAUUUGCCUUCUUUUUGGAGGGAGGAACCAGGCUUUGCUUUGUAAAGAACGCAUAUGGUCAGCAGUCGUUGAGUGGUUUAGGACCUUCAGGCACAACUUAUGCACCAUAGGAUCUCUGGCCCAGGGCAGGCAUAAAGUAGGAAUUGUAAUGCCCUUUUAGUAGGUUCUAACCAGUUUCUUUCUUUUUUCUCUCACCAGUUUCUUAAAAAAAAAAAAAGCUUAAUUCUGAUUUCAUCAAAGGUUGUGUUUCCCCCACAAAUGUGAACAUUUCCAUGACUGUCUUACUAUGUAUGCGUUGUUGUUGUCGUCGUCGUCUGAAGUAGUUAAAGAACUUCUAGAAAGUACUGAAUGGUAUUUAGGAGAACCAAGUCCUCGUGAGAGAACUGUACAGUGAGGUCUUCUCGUAGCCCUUCGUCCAGGUCUCCCAAGGCAGUGGAAAUGGCUAAUAGCCAAGACUUCUGCUACUUACAUAUCAAGGGUGUGCUAAACAAGUCCCUUGGAUCCCAAUUCCAAAUGAACUUUUGUAUCUUGUAUCACUCAGCAGAGCGGCGUUAAAGCCUGUCUUGACAGUACAGCUGUCUUCAACACUUACCCAGGAAAAGGUGAGAGUAUUCCAUCCACCAGACCCUUCAUAGCUUCCCUUUGCUUUCCUAAGUCUUGGGAGUACCACCAUUAUAGAUUGUAUGGGUUUUUUUGUUUAUUACAUUCCUGUGACCCAAUAGAGUGAAUACCCCUUUCUCACUGAGAGUUAACAGGUGCUGUCUGAAAUAAGAGCGUCUGUGCUCACACUUGCCUGUGGUCCCCUCACUUGGGAGGUAGGAGGAGGAGGAGGAGGAUCAGGAGUUCAAGGUCAUCCUUGACUACAUAGCAAAUUGGAGACCAGCCUUAGCUACACGAGAUCCUGUCUUUAAAAGAAAAAAGAAAGAAAAGAAAAAAGCAUUUGCUAAAAUAUAUGUUCUCAGUAAGUGA